AUGUACCCACGCCCUCACAAACGCUCUCACGCUUCUCGAUCCCACCACUCUCAUUCCGCAAGGACCAAUCCCUCCGCUUCCACUUCCACUUCUUCCGCCUCGACUUCGACGACCGUUCAAAUACCACCUAUAGCUUAUGUACAGGCUUACGAGGCUCAGCUCGUCUACUCGCAAGACGAUCGAGCGAGGGAGGUGACUCGGAGGGAUACUAGGACUGGAAUGGGAUUAAUCAGAUAUGCUGGAGAUGUGGAGGAUGUAGCGGAACAAGGGGUGACAGAAAUUUGGGCUGAUAGACACGAUAUCCUCCAUCUCCUUCCGUCCGUUGUUAUCCCCUCAACCACCCUUCCAACCCCAUCCUCACCCCUCUCUUCGUCAUCAUCCUGGGAUUCCUUUCCCUCUGACAUCGAAGAGACGUUCUACCUUUCUGAUCCAGAGGAGAUCGAGGCAUACGAGCAGCAGAAAAAACGAAAAUGGAUUGAAGCAUUGCGUCAAGAGAGAUUGAAAGAGAGGGAAAAAGAGGACGAGGAGAAUAAAGUAAACGAUGGGCAAAUGCGGUGGAACGAAAGUGAAGAGCCUCCCGCACCGGUCCUUGCAUUGAUGCAACAUACCGCCAAAGCCAUCUUCUCUUCCCCUAAUCCCUCGGUAUUGGAACUUCGUAUACUGACCAAUCACGCCAACGACGAGAGGUUUGAGUUUCUGAAAGGACGGUAUAAGCCGACUUGGACGAAGAUCAAGGAUGAUCUGAAGAAAGGGAAACAGAAGGAACAGAGGGAGAAGGAGAAAAAGAAAGGUAUAGGAUUAGGUGGGUUAGGUGGGUAUGAUAGUAGUGAUAACAGCGAUGAUGAUAAUGAACAAAAAGAAGAAGUAGAUGAUGUUCAAUCACCACCACCACCACCGCCCUCUGAGGAUGAAGAUGUAGCUGGGCCACCGCCUCCUCCUCCAGAGGAUGGUAUACCUUUACCUCCAACAGGGGUUGAACACAUACCGCAACCUAUGGAUGGUGAUGGAAUAAACGGUCUGGAUGCAGGUCUGAAUGAUGGUGAGGAAGAGAAGAGACGAUUAAGGAGAAUGAGGAUGGAAGAGUGGAAGAAGAAACGAGCAGCUGAGAAGGGUUCAUAG